UGUUCUUUCCCUGAAAGCAACACGAAGAAGCAGGGAAAAUUUUGAUUUUUAGAGCUACGCCUAGCUGGAAAACAGCUCUUAGGCAUCAUGGACGCAUCCUCUGAUGGGGGAGGAGCCCCAGAGGAAGCUUCUGUUGUAGAUACGAGUCAUUUUUUGAGCUAURUACGAAGAGUUAUCCCGCCUUUAUUUGAAGGCGAGAGUGAGGUUCCUCUAGAGCUAGACACUGCCUUGAAGGAGUCUUUGCACUUGGAUUAUAUCAAUAAAUAUGUCUCUGAUUCCCAAGUUCGAAGUCUUCUUGUUAUCAAGACACCGUUGAAGGACGAAGAAGAAGGAGACGAGACUGCUACURCGGAAACCAACGGGAAAGCUGCUUACUCUUUUGAUCUCGAUGUACACUACGAGGGYCCAAAGCUCGCCAGCAUUGCCUUCAUCAAACGAGGCGCAAUCAUCGAAGCUGACAAAAAAAUUGCUUCACAGAUUAGAYUGUUUAACUUAAGUGAAGGUUCYCCCUAUGAAACACUCCAUUCUUACAUUAGCAAUGCUGUUUCGCCGUAUUUUAAAUCUUUUGUCAGAAGAUCUGGAAAAGCAGACAGGGAUGGUGACAAGAUGGUUCCCUCUGUCGAAAAGAAGAUUGCAGAACUGGAAAUGGGACUGCUGCAUUUGCAACAGAACAUCGACAUCCCUGAAAUCUCUCUUCAAAUUCACCAGCAAGUCACAUCGAUGGUGAAGAAAUGCUCAGCUGAAGAAAARAGAAGACCAAAAGUACAAGACUUUGGAGAUAAGGUGGAAGAUUCAACAUUCUUGAAUCAGCUUCAAAAUGGUGUGAAUAGAUGGAUAAGGGAGAUACAAAAGGUCACAAAACUUGAUCGUGAUCCUGCAUCAGGUACAGCYCUACAAGAGAUCAGCUUCUGGUUGAAUCUGGAAAGYGCUUUGRUAAGAAUCCAYGACAUCAGAGAGAGUCCAGACAUUGCMUUGACCUUGGAUAUAUUGAAACAUGGCAAGAGGUUUCAUGCAACUGUCAGUUUUGACACRGAUACAGGUUUAAAGCAAGCACUGGCUACUGUUAAUGAUUAUAGUCCACUGAUGAAAGACUUUCCUUUGGAUGAUUUGCUCUCUGCCACUGAACUGGACAAAAUAGGKCUUGCGAUAAAUGCAAUCUUUACACACCUGAAAAAGAUACGUAGCACAAAAUAUCCCAUCCAYAGAGCUUUGAGGCUGGUGGAAGCGAUAUCUAGAGACCUUAGCACCCAGCUCCUUAAGGUUCUUGGCACAAGAAGACUGAUGCAUAUCCCACAUGAUGAGUUUGAAAAGAUAAUGUUGGCCUGCUUUGACGUCUUCUCCACUUGGGAUGAUGAGUAUGAGAAAUUACAAGGUCUUCUUAGAGACAUAGUGAAGAAGAAYAGAGAGGAGAGCCUAAAGAUGGUUUGGAGAGUUAACCCAGCUCACAAACGACUACAAGCUAGACUUGAGCAGAUGAGAAAGUUCAGACACCAACAUGAGCAACUUCGUGCUGUCAUUGUGCGCGUUCUUCAACCUCCUGCUGUAGGACAGCCUCAGGGGGGUCCCCCUGGAGUAGCUCCUGCUCAAGAGAAGAAGGAAGCUAAGUCUGAUGUYCAGUUAGACCCAGCUGAUGCAAACGCCAUCCAGGAAGUGAACCUUGCUUAUGAGAAUGUCAAGGAAGUUGAUGGUCUUGAUGUAUCAAAGGAAGGCUCAGAAGCUUGGGAGGCUGCUAUUAAAAGAUACGAUGAGCGRAUUGACAGAGUAGAGACUCGUAUAACUGCAAGACUAAGAGAUCAACUUGGCACAGCUAAAAAUGCCAAUGAGAUGUUCAGAAUCUUCUCCAGGUUCAAUGCCCUGUUUGUGAGGCCYCACAUCAGYGGAGCCAUCCGCGAAUACCAAACACAACUUAUUCAGCGUGUGAAGGAUGAUAUCGAAGCUUUACAUGACAAAUUCAAGGUCCAAUAUCCACAUAGUAGAGCUUGUAAAAUGAGUAAGGUGCGUGAUCUGCCACCAGUCUCAGGAUCUAUCAUAUGGGCCAGGCAAAUAGAUCGACAGCUGUCAGCUUACAUGAGGAGGGURGAAGAUGUUCUUGGCAAAGGCUGGGAAAACCAUGUGGAAGGUCAGAGAUUGAAAGCUGAUGGAGACAGCUUUAGACAGAAGUUAAACACACAGGAACUCUUUGAUGAAUGGUCAAGAAAAGUCCAACAGAGGAACCUUGGAGUAUCUGGCAGGAUUUUCACCAURGAYAGCCAGCGAGCAAGAGGAGGUGGAAGAGGACAAGUCCUGAAYCUGAAGGUUAACUUUCUUCCUGAAAUCAUCACWCUCUCAAAAGAGGUCCGCAACUUGAAGUGGUUGAAUUUCCGUGUUCCACUGGCAAUAGUCAACAAGGCACAUCAAGCAAACCAGCUCUAUCCWUUUGCCAUCUCUUUGAUUGAGAGUGUGAGAACCUAUGAAAGAACAUGUGAAAAGGUGAGGUUUAUAAACAGUGCUUUUUGGGUACCCUGUGGUAAACAACAGGAAUCCCACACUUCAUUUGGCAACCCUMUGGCCUACCACAGGAACCUAAAAAARAAACUUUUGGAAUAUCAAAAAAUCUUUUUGAAAAUGUUCAUUCAGGYCUUUUAAAAAAUUGAUAUGGCGUAGUCACUUUUCGAUGAGGAAGAGAUUAUUGAAGAAGYGGUGAUAUUAAAUGAAAUGCAAGCAUAUUGGUUGUGUAUCAAUGUUCUCUCUUCUAUUAAAAGGUUGAGGAUAAGAACUCCAUUGCUCCAUUGGUUNCUUACAAUGCAGUUAAAAGGAAAUGUACAAUGUACUUGUUUCCAGGUCGAGAUGCGUCUGUCAAGUCGCCUUCAGGCUGGUAUCAAAAGCUGGACUGACUGUCUAAGAGGAAACAAGAGCACCAAGCACCUUGAUGAUACUGAUACUGCAUCACUUGCAGCACACAAACCUGGUGGAGAUCCAGACAUCCUUCAAUCAAUCCAUGAAGUCUGCAUCCAGAACCAAGUGCUUUUCAUGCGACCUCCUGUAGAACGAGCAAGAGAGCAUUUGGUCAAUGAGAUGCACAGAUGGGUCGGCAUUAUAACUAUGUUGCCAAGGAUACAAAGCUCAAGAUAUCAGGUUGGGGUUGAGCGUGAUGAAUCAGAAUCAGAGACCACCUACAGGAAUCUUCUUGCUAAGCUGCCCGAGGGACCUGUUGUACUUGAACAGGCAUACGCUGCUGUUGAAGAAAGAGUUGCUAAAGUAGAAGAGUAUGAACACAUGUGGCUGCAGUACCAGGCAUUGUGGGAUAUGGAUAUUGGUAAUGUCUAUAACAGGCUCGGCGAAGAUCUUAGCAAGUGGAUGAAAGUACUUAAGGAAAUCAAGAGAUCACGUGUAACCUUUGACACCUCUGAUACCAAGAAAGUGUUUGGUCCAGUUGUAGUUGACUUUGCUCAAGUUCAGUCUAAAGUCAACAUGAAAUAUGACACUUGGCACAAAGAUGUACUCAGCAAGUUUGCCUCAAGACUGGGUGAUGGAAUCCAGGAAUUCUAUGGCACUGUUUCCAAGGCACGAGGUGAUAUGGAACAGCAGACAAUUGAAGGAGCUUCGACAUCAGAUGCUGUGGCUUUUAUCACUGUGGUCCAAUCACUGAAAAGAAAGCUGAAAAACUGGGAUAAGAAUGUUGAGGAACUCUGGUUCCAAGUGAAGAGAAAGUCCAGGUAGCAUUGGAGGAGCUUCAGGACCUGAAAGGUGUCUGGUCUGAACUGGCCAAAUUCUGGGAGAAAAUCGAAGAACUGAAGGAAAGACCAUGGUUGUCUGUACAGCCAAGAAAGCUUCGUCAGUCUCUGGAAGGUUUGCUGAAUGACAUGAAGGCUCUCCCUUCACGAUUGCGCCAAUAUUCAUCAUUUGAAUUUGUUCAGAAUACUAUCAAGUCUUAUCUAAAGAUCAAUGUGUUGAUAGUGGAGCUGAAAUCKGAGGCACUYAAGGAGCGACACUGGAAGAACCUGAUGAGAAGGCUUCAUGUUAGUUGGGUUUUGACUGAUUUAACCCUUGGUCAAGUCUGGGACGUUGACUUGUUGAAGAACGAAGCUGUUGUAAAGGACACKAUUCUUGUAGCUCAAGGRGAAAUGGCKCUGGAAGAAUURUUGAAACAGGUUCGUGAUGUAUGGCAAGGCUUUGAGCUGGAUUUGGUGAACUACCAAAACAAGUGCCGUAUCAUCCGUGGUUGGGACGAGCUGUUCACCAAGGUCAAAGAACACAUCAACAGCAUUUCUGCCAUGAAACUGUCACCUUAUUACAAGGUUUUUGAGGAAGAUGCUCUUCAAUGGGAAGAAAAGCUCAACCGCAUCCAUGACAUCUUCGAUGUCUGGAUCGAUGUCCAGCGACGAUGGGUUUACCUUGAUGGUAUUUUCAGUGGAAGUGCUGACAUCAAGACUCUCCUUCCUGUGGAAACUCAGAGAUUUGGAAGUAUCAGCACUGAGUUCUUAACACUGAUGAAGAAGGUCGCCAAGUCACCUAAGAUCAUUGAUGUCCUUAACAUCCAGGGUGUCCAGCGACAGCUUGAGAGGCUGGCUGACUUYCUCGGCAAGAUCCAGAAGGCUUUGGGAGAGUACUUGGAACAAGAGAGAGCUUCAUUUCCAAGGUUUUACUUUGUUGGUGAUGAAGAUCUUCUGGAAAUCAUUGGAAACAGCAAGAGCAUUCCCAAACUACAAAAGCACUUCAAGAAGAUGUUUGCUGGAGUUGCAAGCAUAGUUCUGAAUGAAGAGGAAACAUUAGUUACAGGUCUCAGCUCUAAAGAAGGAGAGGAAGUUGUCUUCAAGAAGCCAGUUGACCUCAAGCAGAAUCCCAAGGUCAAUGAAUGGCUUACUUGUGUUGAGAAUGAAAUGCGCACCAGUUUGGCGACCCUGUUAGCAUCUGCCGUCAAGGAGAUUCACCAGUUCAACACAGAGAAGAUUGACAGUCAAGAGUACAUGGGAUGGGUUGACAAAUACCAGGCUCAAUUGGUUGUACUAGCUGCACAGAUUUCCUGGUCUGAAAGCUGUGAGAAUGCUCUUCAGGCAAUUGCCAACAAGCCAUCAGACAUGAGUCCUCUAGAGAAAGUGCUCAAAGUGGUGGAAUGUACCUUAAAUGUUCUSGCUGACUCAGUAUUACAGGAACAGCCUCCUGUCAGAAGACGCAAACUGGAGCAUUUGAUCAUUGAACAUGUACAUCAACGUGACAUCACAAGGACGUUGGUCAAUGCCAAAGUCACUGGCAACAAGGCCUUUGAGUGGUUAAGUCAGAUGCGCUUCUACUUUGACCCUAAGCAGAAGGAUGUUCUCAAGCAGUUGUCCAUCCAUAUGGCCAAUGCUAAGUUCAACUAUGGCUUUGAGUAUCUUGGAGUGCAAGAUAAGCUAGUGUCAACACCAUUGACUGACCGUUGCUACUUGACCAUGACUCAAGCURUGGAGGGAAGGCUMGGAGGUUCUCCAUUUGGACCUGCUGGAACUGGAAAGACAGAGUCAGUGAAAGCGCUUGGUCACCAACUUGGCCGAUUUGUAUUGGUCUUCAACUGCGAUGAGAACUUUGAUUUCCAGGCAAUGGGUCGUAUCUUCCUUGGUUUGUGCCAUGUGGGAGCAUGGGGCUGCUUUGAUGAAUUCAAUCGUUUGGAGGAACGAAUGUUGUCUGCAGUCUCUCAGCAAAUUCAGACAAUCCAGCAAGCAUUGAAAGAGAGUGGAGAAAGCGAAACAUCAUUGACCAUUGAACUAGUCGGCAAACAAGUCAAGGURAGCAAGAACAUGGCUAUCUUCAUUACCAUGAACCCUGGAUAUGCUGGRCGAUCCAACCUGCCUGACAACCUUAAGAAGUUAUUCCGUAGUCUUGCCAUGACCAAGCCAGACAGACAACUCAUAGCUGAGGUUAUGCUGUACUCACAGGGCUUCCGAACYGCAGAGAAGCUUGCUAGCAAGAUUGUUCCUUUCUUCAAAUUGUGUGAUGAACAACUGUCAAAUCAGUCUCAUUACGACUUUGGUCUCCGUGCCUUGAAGAGUGUUCUCAUCAGUGCUGGAAAUGUAAAGAGAGACAUGAUCCAGAAGAUCAAAGAGGACUUGACUUCCAAAGGAGAAAAAGCAGACGAGGCUGCAAUAUCAGAAGGACUCAAUGAACAAGAGAUCCUGAUUCAGAGUGUAUCAGAGACAAUGGUUCCCAAACUUGUAGCCGAGGACAUCCCACUUCUUCAAAGCCUUCUGUCAGACGUCUUCCCAGGUGUGAAGUAUGUGUACUGCAAUUGUACCAAAUCUGUCAAAUCCACCAUGGACUAAUGAUGGUUGGACCAAGUGGUAGUGGUAAAUCAACAGCAUGGAGAGUCUUGUUGAAGGCCUUGGAYAGAGUAGAGGGAGUAGAAGGUGUAUCACAUGUCCUCAAUCCUAAGGCCAUCUCUAAGGAGUUCCUCUAUGGUACWCUYGARCCKAACACAAGAGAAUGGACUGAUGGAUUGUUUACACAUGUUCUCAGAAAGAUCAUUGAGAAUGUACGUAAUGAGCUGAGUAAGCGUCAAUGGAUUGUAUUCGAUGGUGACGUUGAUCCUGAGUGGGUUGAAAACUUGAACAGUGUMCUUGAUGACAACAAGUUGCUAACACUGCCAAAUGGUGAACGUCUUGCCAUCCCACCAAAUGUCCGCAUCAUGUUUGAGGUACAAGACCUUCGUUUUGCUACUCUGGCUACUGUCAGUCGAUGUGGUAUGGUCUGGUUUAGUGAGGAUGUGUUGUCAACAGAGAUGAUCUUUGAGAACUACUUGUCUCGCAUGGGUAAGAUCCCUAUUGAAGAAGCUGAAGAAGAGGCCAGGCGUAUCAGAUCACCUCAAGAAGAAGAGGCACUCUCUCCAUCAAUGCAGGUCCAGAGAGAUGUGGUUGAAAUCCUGCGUGCACACUUUGUAUCCAARGGCCUUGUCAUGAAGUGRCUGGAYUAUGCCUURAGCCAGGAACAUGUGAUGGACUUCACAAGYAUGAGYGCYUUGGAAUCCCUGUUUUCUAUGCUACACCAAGGCAUCAGGAAUGUAUUGCUGUACAACCAACAYCAUCCUGAUUUCCCAAUGGAGAGAGACCAGUUAGAGCGCUAUGUACCGAGGUACCUAGUUUUCUCUAUUGUAUGGUCAUUCAGUGGUGAUGGCAGACUGAAGAUCCGUGAAGAGCUUGGUGCACACAUCAAAAACAUCACAACUAUCCCACUUCCAUCUAGUUCUUCUCCACUAAUUGACUAUGAGGUUACAAUCCAGGGAGAGUGGCUUCUAUGGCAGUCCAAAGUCCCACAAAUUGAGGUGGAAACACACAAAGUUGCAGCUCCUGAUGUUGUUGUACCAACUAUUGACACCGUCCGUCAUGAAUCCUUACUGUAUACCUGGCUGGCAGAACACAAGCCCCUGGUACUGUGUGGACCACCUGGUAGCGGCAAAACCAUGACGUUGUUUAGUGCUUUGAGAGCCCUACCAGAUAUGGAGGUUGUAGGUUUGAACUUCUCUAGUGCCACUACACCAGAACUACUCCUGAAGACAUUUGAUCACUACUGCGAAUACAGGAGGACACCCAACGGCAUUGUCUUGGCUCCUGCUCAGCUUAACAAGUGGAUGGUGCUCUUCUGUGAUGAGAUUAAUCUACCAGAUAUGGACCACUAUGGAACCCAGCGUGUCAUCUCAUUCUUGCGUCAGAUUGUUGAGCAUGGAGGAUUUUUCCGUAGUUCAGAUCAGGCUUGGGUUACCCUGAACGAUUCACCCAAGACAUGCAACCACACUACAUCUACAGUCCAAGAGAAAUGACUCGUUGGGUUAGAGGCAUUUGUGAAGCCAUGAGACCUUUAGAGACCAUGAGUGUUGAGCAGCUUGUCAGGAUCUGGGCUCAYGAAGCAUUGAGGCUUUUCCAGGACAGGCUUGUUGAAGAAGAUGAGCGCAAAUGGACAGAUGAAAAUGUGGACAUGAUAGCUUUGAAACACUUCCCCAACAUUGACAGCAAAGCAGCACUAUGCAGACCUAUUCUGUACAGUAACUGGCUGUCCAAGGACUAUGUUGCAGUUGAUCAGGAAGAACUGMGAGACUUUGUCAAAGCAAGACUGAAGGUGUUCUAUGAAGAAGAACUUGAUGUUCCAUUAGUGUUGUUCAAUGAAGUACUGGACCAUGUCCUKCGUAUUGACAGGAUAUUCAGACAACCUCAAGGUCAUGUACUUCUUAUUGGUGUAAGUGGUGCUGGUAAAACCACUCUGUCAAGAUUUGUUGCUUGGAUGAAUGGYUUGAGUGUCUUCCAAGUCAAGAUUCAUCGCAAGUACACAGCAGCUGAUUUUGAUGAAGAUCUUCGUAAUGUGUUGAGAAGAUCAGGCUGUAARAAUGAGAAGAUUGCAUUCAUCUUAGAUGAGUCGAACAUCAUGGAGUCUAGCUUCUUGGAAAGAAUGAACACGCUCCUUGCUAAUGGAGAGGUUCCAGGUCUGUUUGAAGGAGAUGAAUACACAACCUUGAUGACACAGUGCAAGGAAGGRGCUCAAAGAGAAGGUCUUAUGCUGGACUCUAGUGAAGAACUUUAUAAAUGGUUUACAACUCAGGUUAUUACAAACCUGCAUGUUGUCUUCACAAUGAAUCCAUCAUCUGAAGGUCUUAAAGACAGAGCAGCRACAUCCCCUGCUCUUUUCAACAGGUGUGUCCUCAACUGGUUUGGUGACUGGUCAACUGGAGCUCUGUACCAAGUUGGCAAGGAAUUUACCAGCAAACUUGACCUGGACAAGUCUACGUAUUCUGCUCCACCAUACUUACCAGUAGUCUACCAAGAGCUCCCUGUACCACCAACUCACCGUGAAGCUGUUAUCAAUGCGUUUGUMUUUGUACAUCAAACCCUACAUGAAGCCAACUCAAGGCUUAUGAAGAAAGGCAGUCAAGUUAUGGCAAUAACACCACGUCACUAUUUAGACUUCAUUAAUCACUAUGUCAAGCUUUUCAAUGAGAAGAGAUCGGAUCUUGAGGAGCAGCAGCUUCACUUGAAUGUUGGUCUUCAAAAGAUCAGAGAGACAGUUGACCAGGUUGAAGAACUUCAAAAGAGUUUGUCUCUCAAGAGCCAAGAGCUUGAAGCAAAGAAUUCUUUAGCAAACCAGAAACUYAAGCAAAUGGUCAAAGACCAACAAGAAGCCGAGAAGAAGAAAGUCACAUCAAUGGAGAUCCAAUCCACAAUUGAGAAACAAACAGAAAUGAUCCAGGAAAAACAGAAGUUUGUCAUGGAGGACUUAGCCAAAGUGGAACCAGCAGUAGAAGAAGCUAGACAAGCUGUAAAGGGAAUCAAGAAACAACAUCUUGUUGAAAUCCGUACAAUGAACAAUCCACCAGGAGCCGUUAAGGUUGCUUUAGAGUCCAUCUGUUUACUGCUUGGAGAGAAGGCUUCAGAUUGGAAACAAAUCCGUGGUGUUAUAAUCAGAGAUAACUUCAUYUCCACCAUCGUUAACUUCAACACUGAAGAUAUCACUGAGGAUCAAAGAAGUAUUAUGAACUCCAAGUACUUGAAGAGUCCAGAAUACAGUUUUGAGAAGGCAAACAGAGCUAGUCAAGCAUGUGGACCUCUGGUCAAAUGGGCAAUUGCACAGGUACAAUAUGCAGACAUGUUGGGACGCGUGGAACCACUAAGAAAUGAACUAAAAAAACUUGAGAUGGAUGCACAAUCCACCAGAAUCAAGUCUGACGAAAUCAGUCAUGUUAUUGCUGAUUUGGAGAAGAGUAUUUCUCGCUACAAGGAGGAAUAUGCUGCACUUAUCAGUCAGGCUCAGGCCAUUAAAACAGACCUGGCYACUGUUGAGGCUAAGGUUAGUCGUAGUACUGCCUUGUUGCGUAGUCUGUCGGURGAGAGACAAAGGUGGGAGACUGGUAGCAAUGCUUUCCAGACACAAAUGGGGACAAUUGUUGGUGACGUCCUCUUGUCAUCAGCCUUCCUGGCUUAUGGAGGUUACUUUGACCAGCAAUAUCGUCAGAAUCUGUUCAGUACCUGGUCACACCAUCUUCAACAGGCCAACAUUCAAUACAGACCAGACAUUGCACGUGUUGAGUAUCUGUCAACUGCCGAUGAUCGUCUCAAAUGGCAAGCCAACUCGUUACCAGCAGAUGAUUUGUGUACAGAGAAUGCCAUCAUGUUACAGAGGUUCAACCGYUAUCCACUUAUCAUCGAUCCAUCUGGACAGGCUACUGAAUUUAUCAUGAAUGAAUACAAAUCAAAAAGAAUCAGUAAAACAAGUUUCCUUGAYGAUGCUUUCCGUAAGAACCUUGAAAGUGCACUAAGAUUUGGUAAUCCACUUCUAGUCCAGGAUGUGGAAAGCUAUGAUCCAAUCUUAAAUCCUGUAUUAAACCGUGAGCUGCGCAGGACUGGUGGACGUGUAUUGAUUACUCUUGGUGACCAGGACAUUGAUUUAUCUCCGUCUUUCACUAUCUUCCUCUCUACAAGAGAUCCUACAAUUGAGUUCCCACCUGAUAUCUGUUCACGUGUGACCUUUGUCAACUUUACCGUGACAAGAAGCAGUCUACAGAGCCAAUGUCUCAACCAGGUCCUCAAAGCAGAAAGACCAGAUGUUGAUGAGAAGCGUUCUGAUCUCCUGAAACUACAAGGUGAGUUCCAUUUGAGACUGAGACACUUGGAAAAGUCCCUUCUACAGGCAUUGAAUGAAGCUAAAGGAAAGAUUUUAGAUGAUGAUCGUAUUAUUGCAACUUUGGAGAAGCUGAAAGAAGAGGCUGCAGAGAUCACAAGGAAGGUUGAGGARACUGAUGUUGUUAUGGCUGAAGUYGAGACAGUAUCUGAGCAGUACAGGCCAUUGUCUAUUUACUGCAGUAGCAUCUACUUUACUCUGGAAGCCCUGCACAUGAUUGUGUAUAACAGAGUUGCRCGUGGUAUGAUGCACAAUGAUCGCAUGACUUUUGCCAUCCUUCUUUGYCGUAUCUUUUUACGAGGACACCCCAGUGAGAAAGAGUAYGAGGAGGAAUUYAGCAUGUUUAUGCGUGGAAGUGAAGCAGURCCAGCCAGUAAACCACARCGCUUGCAAGGAUUUACUCCAGAGCAGGCAAGUGCUCUGACAAGACUUGGACAAAUGGAUGCCUUCAAGAACAUGCAGACAUACAUYAACUCYAAUAGAAGAGAGUUCUUUGAGUGGAUAGAGUCAAUCACACCAGAAACAGAYGUCCCAUCAUGCUGGGAUGCAAGCCUUAAUCUUACUCCAACAGGAAAGUCAGUCCACCAGCUUCUCGUGAUCCAGGCUCUUCGACCUGACCGUGUCAUUGCCAUGCUGCAYCAAGUGGUGGAUGUAAUCUUUGGGGAGUCCUUUAUGCAUGACGCAGAGCAAGGGCUUGACCUUGCAACAGUUGUUGAAAAGGAGGUCAAGGCAUCAACACCAUUGYUAUUGUGCUCAGUGAUUGGUUACGACGCCAGUGGAUGGGUAGACGACUUGGCUGCAAAUCAAAACCAAUCUUGCUCAUCAAUUGCUAUYGGUUCUGCUGAAGGAUUCAAUGAUGCAGAGAAAGCCAUCAACUCUGCUGUCAAGUCGGGAAGAUGGGUGCUUUUAAAGAAUGUUCAUCUUGCUCCACAAUGGYUAGUCACUCUAGAGAAGAAGCUACACACUUUAAGCCCACAUGCCAACUUCAGGCUCUUCAUGACUAUGGAGAUYAACCCCAAGGUUCCUGUCAAUCUAUUGCGUGCGUCACGUAUCUUUGUCUUUGAGCCUCCACCUGGUGUCAAGGCAAAUCUGCUCAGGACAUUCAGUGCAGUUCCAGCAUCACGCAUGUGUCAGGCUCCAAGUGAACGGGCCCGUCUUUAUUUCCUACUGGCAUGGCUGCAUGCUAUUGUCCAGGAACGUCUACGUUAUUCCCCACUGGGAUGGUCCAAGCGGUAUGARUUYACUGAGUCUGAUCUUAGAGUUGGUUUUGAUACACUUGACACAUGGCUGGACUCCGUGGCACAGGGSCGUAAUAAUCUACCUCCAAAGAAAAUCCCUUGGGAUGCUCUUAGAGCUUUGAUGUCGUCAGCAAUUUAUGGUGGACGUAUUGACAAUGAUUUUGAUCAGCGUCUUCUGACUACCUUUGUAAAUCGGCUGUUCAUUGUGAAUAGCUUUGAGCCAGAUUUCCCACUGAUUAUUGAUGUUGAUGGMAAAGGCAAGAAUAUCAUCAUGCCAGAAGGCAUUAGACGUGAACAGUUUGUCCAGUGGGUUGAUAAGCUACCCGACAUUCAGACRCCAUCUUGGUUAGGACUGCCUAACAACGCMGARAARCUUCUAUUGACUCAGAGAGGUCAAGACCUUAUUGCCAAGCUACUGAAGAUGCAACUUCUUAGUGAUGAUGACGAACUGGCAUACUCUCCUGAUGCAACCAGACCGCCYGAACUGUUUGACGUACCGACAUCACUAACCAAAGGUCAGCUGGAUGAGCAGAAAAGACGUGAGAGUGAUCCACGUCCUCAAUGGAUGAGAACAUUGCACUCCACUGGAGCAAACUGGCUGGGAAUGAUUCCUAAGAUUCUCAACCCACUCAAAAGAACAAUGGAGAACAUCAAAGAUCCUCUGUUCAGAUACUUUGAAAGAGAAGUCAAUGCUGGAAUUUCUUUGCUCAACACUGUCAGGCAAAGCCUUAAUGAUACUAUCUUGGUGUGUGAAGCUCAGAAGAAACCUACCAACUACCUGCGUAAACUUAUGAGUGACUUAGCUAAAGGAAUCCUGCCUGUUGAUUGGCGUCGCUAUACUGUCCCCAAGGAACUUACUGUUCUYCAGUGGGUUGUUGAUUUCAGUGCUCGCAUCAAACAGCUACAGGCAAUAUCCCAAGCCGCAAACUCUGGUGGCUCAAAGGGCCUCAAGAAUCUUCAUAUUUGGCUUGGUGGCAUGUUUGUACCCGAGGCAUACAUUACCGCAUCGCGUCAGUAUGUUGCACAGGCCAACAAUUGGUCCCUUGAGGAACUAGCUUUGGAGGUUUUUAUAUCAACCAGUCAAAGAACACAUAUGGAUGAUUGCAGCUUUGGAGUCACAGGUCUAAGGUUACAAGGUGCWACAUGUCACAACAAUCAACUUGAACUGACAAGUUCCAUCUCUACUGAACUUCCUUUGACAAGCCUCAAAUGGAACAGRGUGCCCUCUGGUCAAGAGGUGAUGGCGCCAAAUAUGGUCACUUUACCUGUCUAUCUGAACCAGACAAGAACAGAGCUUCUCUUCACCCUUAAUAUGAACACCAAAGGGGAACCAGCAGGGCRUGGUCAUAGGUUCUACGAGAGGGGUGUUGCCUUCCUUGCCUCUUCCCUAAGUGGUUAGGACAGUGCAAGUAAUACAAGCAGACGUUUAGUACUGUAGUCCACUAUUCAAUAAGUCCAUUAUAAAUCUGUACUUGUAGUAUGAUAGCAUAAUAAUAUUGCAAUGAAUGUAAACAAGUUCUUGACAAUGGUUGUAAUGCUGCUAAGGAACGUGCUUGCUUUGCAUUCUUGGAAUAAAGUCUAUCUGCACAAUA